UAAACGGUGGGGGCCGAUGAUAACGUCGCCUCCCGCUAAAUGCGAACUCUCUCUUUCGCUCCUUCUUUGACCGCCGUCGUUACGUCAUCCGUCCGAGCUGCGCGGCCGGCCAUCCCGUUCCCGCCCUCUCCGCGCCGCAAUCUCAGCCGCGACCGCGGCGGCGAGGCGCGCGCCGGCGCCCCGAUGCCCGCGGACGGCGGAGAAGACGACGGCGCCGCCGCCAAGUCCAAGCUCGCCACCCACGUCGAUCGGAUCAAGCGGGUCGUCCGUGGAGAGUCCACCGAUGGUUGGGAGAAGUGCUGGGAGCAAGGAUUGACCCCUUGGGAUUUAGGAAAACCGACCCCAAUACUUCAGCAGCUUCACCAGAUGGGUGCUCUUCCAAAAGGCAGGGCUCUUGUUCCUGGAUGUGGCACGGGCUAUGAUGUGGUAUCUAUAGCCUGUCCUGAACGCUAUGUUGUGGGAAUAGACAUAUCAGAAAUCGCCCUAAAUAGAGCAGUACAGCUGUUCUCUUCAUCACCAAAUGCAAAUCAUUUCAUCUUCCUGAAGGAGGAUUUCUUCACUUGGCAUCCGACAGAGCUCUUUGAUCUUAUUUUUGAUUAUACGUUCUUUUGUGCAAUUGAGCCGGAAAUGAGAGUAGCAUGGGCAGAGCAAAUGAGUGGAUUAUUGAGACCAGAUGGCGAGCUCAUCACCCUGAUGUUUCCAAUCAGCGAUCACAUUGGUGGACCUCCUUAUAAAGUGUCGAUAUCAGAUUAUGAGGAGGUAUUGUGUCCCAUGGGCUUCGAGGCUAUCUCCAUUAUGGAUAAUGAACUGGCUGUUGGACCCCGCAAGGGAAAGGAAAAGAUUGGAAGGUGGAGGAAGAUAAGAGUCAACUCUUUGCUUUGAUAUCUUACAGCAUUUUCAAUCCUCCAAUCUUGUCAUACAUCAAUCAGAAACUACAAGUAAAAAGUAAAAGUUGGGAGGCAAAUUUACUUUCCCUCUUUCCCCUCAUUUCUCCUUCAGUCUUUUUCAAAUGGUGGCACUUCUAUAUGUAUAGAUACUCUGGACUAAAUCACCGAGCAUGCUGACUGAUUCAGCUCGAAAAAUAAGCUGGAUGCUCGGGUGCAUGCUUGUUGUUGAGUAAGAUUAGCACUUCCCAAAGUUGAU